AGGUGGUAAAACUUAACAAAACAAAAACAAAUUUAAAGCCGCCAUCGCCAGGACGUUUUUUUUUCUGUAAUUUUUUUUCUACGUGCUUUUAAUAAAAUAUAUAGCAAAAUUUAAUUGAAAUUGUGGCUUAAUUUCAAAAAGAUUAGUAACUAAAUUUUAUCUUUUUGUUUUGUUUUUGUAUAAUGUUGUAGCAUGACUUAUAUUUUAAGUGAAAUAUUAUUACACGAUAUCGUAACAUCCAGACAGCGGUUUUUUAUUGUAUGUCUGCCUAGACCUUUUUUUUUACCACAGCUGUUUGACUUAUGCAUUCCGUCUGACUGUGACGGUUAAUACGGUAGCAACGCUGUCAAAGUUUGACAGGUUUUCUUUUUAGAAUGGCGGCUUUAGAUCGUUACAAGAAAUUAUUGGACUUAGAUGGAAGAUUUUAAAAUUGCUUCAGAAUUCCACUGGCCUUCCAAGUCUUCAAAGUAGCUAAAUUCUAUUGCUGUGUACAAUCGCAAGAUAAUUACACGAAAAAUUUGAAAAAGACUCGCUUUGUAUGAUGCAGCAAUAUCAGUGAUAGUAUAUUUGCAUCUUUAAAAUGCGAAAGCCUUUUCUUGCACUUGUGUUGUAUUUUUGAGUCCAAAAAGAAAAAGUGAGUGUUUGGAAGUUGUCUUGUAUCUGUGAACUGCAGUUUGCUUUAUCACGCCUUAUUUAUCAUAAAAAUGGAUAAAAGCAUUUUGCUCAAACUCAAACUUGGCUCUCUGAGAUAAGUUUGAUUCCUUCAUUUUCUCUCGAAAAGUUUGGAAAAUAAAGAUUAGCCAUGCAGAACGGUACAUAUCCUUGGAUGGCUUCCUCUUCUAUUGCCCAGAAGAGUUGGCCUCCUGGCUAUCAAGCCAGUUUAACAGAUCUUUUCUUGAAGAAGAAUCACCUACAUUUUGGAACGGGCAUUUCUCAACUCGCAGCUGCAUCUAAUUAUAUAGAAAAAAUGUCAACUAUUAAUGAACCACCUGCAAAAUGCCCUCAUCCUGAUUCCAAAGAUAAACCAUAUCCAUGUGAAAUUUGUCAACAGUACUUAACUAUUUUUCGAAAUGAUGGUACAUCAGGAAAUGUAACCCGACCAACUAAUAGUCCAGUGAUGACAAAUUCACCCUCUGAACGAAAACCAAUGAAUCUUAUACCUAAUGGCCCUCCCCCAAAUGUUGUUCCGACAAGUGGUAUGCCAACCUCCAUGGGCAUGCCUCCAGGAAUGCCACCAGGCAUGCAAAAUUCAAAGCCCAGACCAAUACCCACCAAGCAGUUUCCCUGCCCUGUUUGUCAUAAAUUGUUUACGCAAAAAGGAAAUCUUAAGACUCACAUGAUGAUUCACACUGGGGAAAAGCCUUAUGCAUGCCAAGCUUGUGGUAAAAGCUUCACACAGAAAGGUAAUGUUGAUACUCACAUGAAGAUACAUACUGGUGAAAGAGAAUAUGGCUGUGAUUCAUGUGGCAAGCGAUUUACUCAAAAGGGUAACCUUAAAACUCACAUCCGAAGUGUUCAUACGAAAGAAAAGCCUUUUGCAUGUGGUUUAUGUGGGAAAUGUUUUUCCCAAAAGGGUAACAUGCAGACUCACUUAAGAACACAUAAUAAAGACGACCGUUUUCCGUGUACACUUUGCGGAAAAACAUUCUCCCAGAAAGGAAAUUUGAAAACUCAUAUGGCUCGUCAUGCGGGACAAAUACCCACCAAGCGUCAGUUUGGCUCUCGUCUGGCAAAUAGAACUUAUAUUGGGCAGUUGGUGAAAGCUGGACAGCCAACAGUGCCUCGCAUGCAGCCAUUUCCAAUCCAGCCGUCGCCGGUGUCUUCUCAAGCAUCAACAACUUCUCCAUUGAAUUCUCCAACCACACCACAGCCCUUACCGACUCCGGUUCAAAAUAAUCAUCCUGACAUACGUAGUCCCCAUCAGGGAAUGGGGAAUCCAUAUUCCGAAUCUCCCAUUGACUUGAAACCUCCCCUGAAUUGUCAUUUACCGCUCUCUAGACCAAUGUCAUGUAAUCAGCCCCCUAAUAUGAAUAAUUCCCCUAGUCCCCAUCCUUCUCAUUUAUCAAGCCCUUCACCUGAAGAUGAGCCAAACCCUCGUCCUUUUAUUCACAGUAAGUUGUUCCAGCAUGCAAAUAGUAUGCAUAGUCCAAAUUAUAUGAAUGAUCAAAUGCAAGAAAUACAUACCAGUAGUGGAUUAAUUAAUUCCCAACAAUCUAGGAUUACUAGCCCCCUACCUGUUGGAACUCCUGGUCAUUUGCAAAAUCAUGAUCGAGAUUCUCGACCAUUUUAUUCAGCUCCCCCUACUCCUAUUCCAACUCCCUUGACUCCUGUUUCCAGAUGGCUGCCUCAUGGCACAACUCGCCACUAUGAUUCAUUUCAGUCCCCAGGAGGACUUGGCUGCUAUGGUUCUAUAGCUGCACACACUACACCUCUGUCACGUUUAUCUCUUUUAGCAUCUGGGUCUAUGAAUUCUCAGAACCAUAAUAAUCAUCAACAACUAGAAAACAGUGAUGAAAUGGAGUCUAAUAAAGAUACUGAUUCUGUUAGACAACAGCAGCAGCAGCAACAACAACAGCAACAGCAGCAGCCACCGCCACAACAGCAACAUUCACAGGAGCAUUUCCAUUCCCCCACUAAUCCAGAUUUCUCUCAAUUACUUGAUUGAACAUUUUUAUUGAUCUAAUAAUAUCUAGGCUUGAAUAAUUCCCUGUGUACAGUGUAAGUUAUUAGUAUUUACCAACUUACAUGUACAUAAAUUUUAAUAUUGUGAUGCUUUUGUCAAAUUUUGAGUGUUCCUUUUGCUUUUCAAGCAGUUUUAUUUGAAUGGAGUUUUGUUUUGAACUUAAGUGCCACAAUGAUCUAGAUGAAUAUACUGUGAUUUAUAAUUAUGGUAGAAAAUUGGAUGUAUGUAAAUAAAUUUACAACCUGGGUUUGGUAUAGGUUUAUAUAUUUAUAUAUAUAAUAUUAUCACUAUCUUUAUUUUUUUAAAAAAAUUGAGUGUACUACAAAAUCU